GCCCGUCUGCUGUUGUAUCAAAAGAGCCGCUCGGAGGGGCUGACGGCUUCUCCUCCUUCUGGCUGCCUGUUCGGCGCUGCGCUCAGUUGCUGUCCUUUCACUUUUUUGCUUGACGGUUCAGUGGCGGGGGCAGCUUCUGGACUCGGGCCGCGCUCCCUUCCUGGCAGUAGCCCCUCUUCUGGCGGAGAAGCGGGAAUCCUCGACAGAAGCCCUCAGCUCCGGGCAAAGGAGCGCACCGCCUGCCCGGGACUCUCAGCCGUCGGCCGUUGCGCGCCACAGGUUGCCGUCCUCCUGGGGCCCCCGCCGCAACUGCCGCAUGAGGUUCGCUGGGCGACGGGCAAAUUUCCGGGGAAGCUGCGCCGCUCUCUCGUUCCGUCGCCGGUCCCCGCAGCCCCGUCUCCCUGCCGCCGGGGCCAUGAACUCCUCGCUGGGCAACCAGACGGAGGUGCUGGGGCUGCUGCUGGCCAACGGCACUGACUCGCUGGAGUGGGCGCUCCAGUCCUUCACGCCCAAGUCCGUGGUGACCGACGACGGCUUCGUGGUGACGGCGCCGGACGAGCGGAGCCUCUACAUCAUGCGGGUGGUGCAGAUCGCCGUCAUGUGCGUCCUGUCGCUCACCGUCGUCUUCGGCAUUUUCUUCCUCGGCUGCAACCUGCUCAUCAAGUCCGAAGGCAUGAUCAACUUCCUGGUGAAGGAGCGGAGGCCGUCCAAGGAGGUGGAGGCGGAGGCGGUGGGGCCCUACUGACCGCGGCGCCGCCCACGAGCCCGCUUGGCCUCUCCAGCCGCGGACGGGACUCGGAUAGAGGACCUUGUGCUGCUCUCGCGGCUGCCGUUUCCGGAAGGCGAUGCCGACCGUAGAAGCAAUUCCGGGCAGGCCAGGACAAGCGACCCUGUUUCCCCGACGGGACCGGUGUAUGAUUAGUAGCGGGACUCUGUCCGAAGCCAACUGCGACGACUUUGGACUGGGCGCGGGGAAGGGGUUUACAGGGCUUCCCUCGACCUUCCGAACAGGUGGGGAAGAGCUCCGAUCUCCACCUGCAGUGGCGACAGCGGGGGUCCCGCGGUGGGGUAAAGUGGUGGGACAGAGAUGACGAAGCUCUUGAAUGUCAUUUGGUGUUCUGUAUAUAAUGCUGUAAAUGUCACCAGCUAAACAUUUCCAAUUUUGAUGCUUUGUUUUCAUGGGAAGGGGGAGGAGAGAGGGACAAAUUGAUCUUAAAGUUUAAUUGUAAAAAAAAAAAAAACACUUUUACUCUCUUUUAAGAUACUUUCUUUCCAGAUUUGAACUGGGGGGAGGGAUGGACACGUUCAAUGUGAGGGGUUGAAUUUGGUGCUUUGGGUGCAUGGUGUCACUUUGGGCUCGAUUGUCUAUAUAACAGAAACUCCUGUGCUGAUGUGUGAAUGACUGUUUUGAUUCAUCUAUUUCUGCUGUAAAGUCUCCUUUUUAAAA